AUGAGUUUUCUCUCGGGAUACUUUGGCGCACUUGUUCUUUGCUUCUCGAUCUUUAUCUUUACUCAUGUAUCAAGUGGGUUCGAUAACAACGUAGCCCACGAAUUGGAGCUUGAACCAAGAGAUGACUUACUCCCACAACAAGGCCUCUUCGUUAUGCAGCAGGACGAAAAUAGGAAUAUUGGAUCGAUGCCUCUUGAUGGAAGAUCACUGAUAGAUUCAUGGUUUGGAAGACGUCAAGCUUGCGCAAUUGCUGGCGACUCACCUUGCCCAAGUCAGUAUUUCCUCCCGCCAGUUACGCAUUGUUUUUCUAACUUUGAUAAGCCGGCAACAAAUGUUGUCGUACAGGGGACACCUGCUGCUCACUCGUAUGUUGCCAGCCCAGAAAAGAAUGUUGCCCUUCCUCUCUUCACUGUGCAGAAAAAGGCGGGAAAUGCUGUGUACACGAGGAGUCUGUCCUUCAGGUUGGAAUUGUUGUGGAUUAAAUAAUUGCUCUCCUGAGGGCGGAGAAUGCUGUACGACGGGGAACUAUUGUCCCAAAGGAAAUCACUGCUAUGUGUUUCGAGGGAAUCAUGUCUGCUGUACCGAUUCAAAAUCUACUGCCUAUGUUGCUGACGGGGUUACUUCGACUCGUGGAGGGGGGGGGGAAUGUUGGUUCUGGGACAGUGGUACUAUCUUCACCUACGAUCGUGGAGAUUCCAAGCGUACAGGUUACGCCCACGAGUAUUUCUAUCACAAGAACGUCUCUACCUCCAUCCGAAACUAUCAUCUAUAGAGACUCCUUCUAUACUUUUACAUGGUAGGCCAAUUAUAAUCGUUAUCCCAUUUAUCUUCUAACAACUUCUAGGUAUUACUGGUCUUGGUACUGGACAUACUCAGUAACCACAACAAGAACCCUAACAAUCUCAAAAUACAUCACAGUUACCACCUCAUCAAUCUACACAAUCAACGAGGCAAACCCUUCUCGAGCGCGAGAAAGCUACUCAGUACUCACGGCCGGCUUUUCAACCCCUACUCCAUCCGCGGCCGUCCUUGCGCCUACUCCACCGAGCACUAUUUUCCCAUCGCCUUCCUUGGGAUCAUCAGUUAUAACUGCAUCUGCGGUUUCUACAGCAGUCAGUGAUCCUGGAAAUAUCAAAUCGACUGUUUCUGUUACCUCGAUACCAAGCGCGGGAAGUACAUCGUCGGGAUCAGUAAUCUCGAGCGUUGGAUCUGGUCAGAGUGCAAGUAGUGGGGCUUCGCGUAACUUUGGGGGAACGUCUUGGAUGGCUAGGAGUUUGUUGGUGGUGUCUUUGGCUUUUGGGGGCUUAGUGGUUUACUUGUAA